AUGGCAGACAUCAACACCCCCGACUCCUUCCCGGCCACUCCUGAUGGCUUGGUCGAUCGAGAUGGCCUCAGCAGUCCCGCAUCACCCGGUUCUGCUGACUCCUCCGAGGCCAGCACCCCGCUCGAGGCACCCUCUGAUAGCAUGUCCGACAUCCCCAAACGCGUCCCCUCGCUGCGAACCGUCUCCGACCCCCAGAACAUGACGCCCUCGUCGACACCGCUCGGUAUGCUGAGCCACGCACGCCGACUCCCGCCGACCGCCUCAGUCAUGACAGGAAGCAUGGGCAGCGGUGCUAUGAACGACAUCAUGGCAAAGGCGCGCGCUCUGCACGCUCAGCGCAUGGGCAAGCCCGCCAGCACGAAUCCUCCUCCCAACUCAAUGUCGGGGAGCCCCGCUUCUCCCGUGCCUCGGCAGGGCUCGCCCGGUCUUUCCAUGCCUGGAGGCGUCCCCGGUGGUUUGAAGUUGCCCGGCGGUUUGCCCGGCGGCCUGCCCGGUGGUAUGGUGCGACCUUCACCUGCAGGCAUGCCUCGCUCCGCGCCCGUUAUCAAGACGAAGCCAUCGCUUGCCGACAGGCGGCGUCCCCAAAUGAAGCUGUCAGAUAUGGGAGGAGGCCCCUCGCCAGCAUCACCGACGCCGAAGCUGUCAGACAUGCAAGGUUCCAAUGGAGGUGCCACGAAUGGAACGCAGGGAUCAAAAAUGGACGAUUUCAAAAAGUACAUUGACUCGGAAAAGGGCUGGAUCACGUUCGAUGGCGCCGCAACCAUUACCAAGACCGGUGUGAAUUUCGCCAACGGCACAGCCUUCACUAUCUCAUUAGACGAGGUAGAGGUCAUGGACGAACUUGGCAAGGGAAACUACGGCACUGUCUACAAGGUCAGGCAUACGAAGCCACGAGCGCCCCGAUUUGGAAGCGGCCUGAGUGGAUUCAAGCAUGCCAAUCUGAGUACAUCGCACUCAGAUCCCUCGCCAGUGCGGGGCGAUGACUCGCCAGUGACAUCUCUGUCGGUGUCAGAGGGAGCGACUGGGAGAGUCAUGGCCAUGAAGGAAAUCAGGCUAGAACUUGAAGAGGCCAAGUUCACGACGAUCCUCAAGGAGCUGGUCAUUUUGCACGAAUGCGUUUCGCCGUACAUCAUCGACUUUUAUGGCGCAUUUUUCCAGGAAGGUGCCGUCUACAUGUGUAUAGAGUACAUGGAUGGAGGUUCCAUCGACAAGCUGUAUACCGGCGGCAUCCCCGAAGGUGUCUUGCGCAAGGUCACGUAUUCGACAGUCAUGGGUCUUAAGUCUUUGAAGGAUGAGCACAACAUCAUUCACCGCGACGUCAAGCCCACGAAUAUCUUGGCCAACACCAGGGGCCAAGUCAAGAUUUGCGAUUUCGGCGUUAGUGGAAACCUUGUUGCCAGUAUUGCCAAGACGAACAUCGGUUGCCAGAGCUACAUGGCCCCUGAGCGGAUAUCAGGAGGCGGAAUGGCUGCUGGCGCGGACGGUACAUACAGUGUACAGAGUGACAUUUGGAGUUUGGGCUUGACCAUCAUCGAGUGCGCUAUGGGACGGUACCCCUACCCGCCGGAGGUAUCGUCAACCAUCUUCAGUCAACUAAGCGCCAUCGUUGAGGGUGAGCCCCCAGGCCUUCCCGAAGAGGGAUACUCUACUACUGCGCACGAUUUCGUCAAGAAGUGCCUGAACAAGGUGCCGAAGGAACGUCCGACGUAUGCCAUGCUACUCCAACAUCCUUGGAUGCAGCCCUUCUCCAAGAUUGAGACGAUUGCAGAAGAGGCCGAAGAGGGUGAAGAAGCCGAGGCUGUUGCGGACGCGGUAGGCAAGAUUUCGCUGUCGUCUGGUACCGAGGAUGAAGAGGUCGCGGAGUGGGUGAAGUCGGUGCUUGAUCGUAAGAGAAAAGAACUUGACCCCAGUGCCGCGUCACGCCCCGCCCUUCACGCCGCCCCGCUGGAUAGUGUCAGCCCGACCGCGAGUCCUGCGGUGGGCUCGGAGAACAGGUUGGAAUAG